CUCCUCGUCACAUUCCACCCAAUUCAUCAUCCUCUUAUCUCAAUCACUUCUCAUUUCCCUCCCCUUCUCCCUCCGGUGAAAUGGGUAGUUUGGAAACAGAGAGAACAACAACAGGAUGGGCAGCAAGAGACCCCUCUGGGGUUCUCGCUCCCUAUACCUACACCCUCAGGAACACAGGCCCAGAAGAUGUUUUCAUCAAGGUCAUUUGCUGUGGAGUUUGCCACACUGAUAUUCAUCAAAUCAAAAAUGAUCUCGGCAUGUCCACUUACCCCAUGGUUCCUGGUCAUGAAGUGGUGGGUGAGGUGGCGGAGGUAGGAUCGGAUGUGACCAAGUUCAGAGUAGGAGACUGCGUUGGAGUUGGCGCAAUCGUUGGAUGCUGCAAAAGCUGCCGCCCGUGCAAAGCAGACGUCGAGCAAUACUGCAACAAGAAGAUCUGGUCCUACAACGACGUCUACACCGAUGGCAAGCCUACCCAAGGCGGUUUCGCCGGUGAAAUGGUCGUUGAUCAAAAAUUUGUGGUGAAAAUACCAGAAGGGAUGGCACCGGAGCAGGCGGCGCCGCUACUAUGCGCCGGAGUGACAGUGUACAGCCCGUUGACCCAUUUCGGGCUGAAAGAUGUGGCUGGACUGAGAGGAGGGAUAUUGGGGCUUGGAGGGGUAGGGCACAUGGGGGUGAAGAUAGCGAAGGCCAUGGGACAUCACGUGACUGUCAUAAGCUCUUCCGCCAAGAAGAAAGAGGAGGCCAUGGACCACCUUGGAGCGGACGACUACCUGGUCAGCUCGGACGCGACUCAGAUGCAAGAGGCUGCUGACUCACUGGAUUACAUCAUUGACACAGUGCCUGUGAACCACCCUCUUGAGCCCUACCUUUCUUUGUUGAAACUUGAUGGGAAGUUGAUUUUAAUGGGUGUUAUCAAUACCCCUCUUCAAUUUGUAUCCCCCAUGGUCAUGCUUGGGAGGAAGGCCAUCACAGGGAGCUUCAUCGGCAGCAUGAAGGAAACAGAGGAGAUGCUGGAGUUCUGCAAAGAGAAGGGCCUCACUUCCACCAUCGAAGUCGUGAAAAUGGACUACGUAAACACUGCAUUGGAGAGGUUGGAGAAGAAUGAUGUCCGGUACAGAUUCGUCGUGGAUGUCGCCGGCAGCAACCUCGAUCAGUGAACCUGUUGAUAGUCUAAAACAAGCCCCUUGUGCACACAAAUAUACUGAGAGAUAUAUAAAAUUUCAAACUCCAAUGAUAUUAUAAAUCGGGAAAUGACAAAGUAGAGUACAUUUGUCACCUCGUUUAUUAAUCAUGUAAAAGUCAGAGUGGGAUUCAUGUAGUUUUGAGGUGCUCUGUCAUGGACUAAGAGUGACAACGUGUUGUUUUUGUUUUCGUGUGAAAUGAAGUGGUGUUUAUUGAUGUAAACUUUAUUAAGAUAAUAUAAAAUAUAAGUAAUGUUUUGUGGUGA